GUAAACGCGAGUGCCUUGACGGGGUCUCCGGGAGAAUCUCAUUCAGUUCAGGUUAGGACUCCUGUUAGGGCAGCGAGAGGGACGCGGCUGCUUCUGUCGACCAAAAUUCGCUGGAAAAUAAAUUAUCCCGCUGCUCUUCUGGAUACAAACACAGUCGGCAGUAAAGAGUCCCGCCGGAUCGCAGAGAGGCUCCCGGACCGGUGAAUCCGGUCGCAGUGAUUGAUCCGGAUCGAACCGUGCGUUUGGACGCGUCAACGUGAGUGCGUGUUCCGUUCGGACUCGUGCACAGUCACAGGUUGCUAGCGGAGUUUACGCUAACCGAGGCUAGCAGAGUUAGCAGGCAGCGGGGCUUGAGAGCCGCUUCUCCCGGUUUCUGGGACUGCUACUCGCCAGGGUUAACCGUAGAAACCCGGUCAGACUUUCCCGGAGAGUGCUGGAGUCUCUAGCCAGGAUGUGUUGUUGUUCCGGGCGUUUAUCCAGCUGGCCGCCCGGUAGCAUCGGAUGAGUGCAGCCCAACGGCAGAGUUGGUGUUUUUUCCUCCGUUUGUUUAAAAGCUGGACUUUGGCUCCUGAGUUGCAACCCAGUCACCUCUGCUGGAUAAAAAACAGCUAUCUGACUCUUUUGGAGCGGGAUUAAAAACGCCUUUUUCUGUUUGCUUGCUUUUACUGUAAGAGGUAGAAGAAAAGUUUAGUGUUUGGAGGAUUUUUCCGAAGCGUGUGGAAAAAUGGAUGCGGGUAUAGAGAAGGAAUGCAGCGCCUUGGGAGGGCUUUUCCAGCUCAUCAUGAGCGACAUGAAGGCCAGCUAUCCCACCUGGGAGGAUUUCGUCUCCAAAGGAGCCAAGCUGCAGGCCCACCUCAGGACGACCCUCCUGCUCACUGGAGCCUUCCUGGACGCCUUCCAGAAAGUGGCGGACAUGGCGACCGGGACCAGAGGUGCCACCAAGGAGAUCGGCUCAGCGCUCACCAGGAUGUGCAUGAGGCACCGCAGCAUCGAGUCCAAGCUCAAACUGUUCACCAUAGCGCUGUCAGAAAGUCUCAUCGUGCCUCUGGAGUUAAAGAUGGAGGAGUGGAAGAAAGCGGCAAGCCAGCUGGACAAAGACCAUGCUAAAGAAUACAAGAAGGCCAGAGCCGACAUCAAGAAGAAGUCCUCAGACACCAUCAAGCUGCAAAAGAAAGUGAAGAAAGGGAAGGGCGACGCUCGCGGCCAGCUGGACUGCGCUCUGCAGGACGUCAACACGCGCUACGCCGCGCUGGAGGAGACGGAGAAACGGGCCGUGUGCCGCGCGUUGGUGGAAGAACGAUCUCGCUACUGCAGCUUCGUCAGCAUGCUGAAGCCAGUCCUGGACCAUGAGAUCAACAUGCUGGGUGAAGUGACCCACCUGCAGACCAUCCUGGAGGACCUGAGCGUUCUGACGGCUGAGCCCACCAAGCUGCCAGCCGCCAGCGAACAGGUGAUUUUGGAUCUGAAAGGUUCGGACUUUAACUAUACCUACCAGACCCCCCCCGGCUCCCCUGGCAACAUGUCCAGGAAGAGCAGCAUCAGCAGUUACCAGUCGGUGUCGGUGAGGCACGUUCCCUCGUUGGACUCCAUCAGCUGUGCUGUGGAUGGCGUUCACCUGCAGCCUGCCACCCCUUACCUGCUGUACGGCUGUGAUGAAGGUGGGCGGUCCCUCAGCGAGGGCAACUCCCCCUCCCGUAUCAGUCGCCAUGGUAACCACAGCCCUGUUGCCGGCUACAGGCGGUGUGGCGCUCAGAGCCGCCGGGUUAGCCGCCGGGACGUGAGUGCCAUGAGGAUUACAGAUGCAGUGGUUACCACCCAGCCACCUGCAGGGGGCGCAGAGAACGGCCUGCUGCCCCCCCCCCACAGCGCCUACAUCCAUCAUCACGGCGAGCGAGCCAGAGCCAUGUCAGCAUCUGGGAAGUCAUGCUCGGCGAGGGAUCAGCUGGCGCUGACGUUGGGUGCGUUGAAUUCGGACGCUCCGAGGAGCAGCAGGGACUCUCUGCACUGUUCGAGCGGCUACAGCACCCAGACCACCACGCCGUCCUGCUCCGAGGACACCAUCCACACGCACACUAUGAGGACAGAUGCUUCUCCCUACGCCGACUACGAGUCGAUCUCUCUUCAUGGAGACGCUGACUCCGCCCCCUUCCACCAGCUGUGCGGCAGCCGCUCCGACCUGGACAAGUCCUCCACCCUCCCCAGGAAUUCGGACCUUCGCUUCCAGUUCAGGGACUUGGCCCAGUCCAAGCGGCCGACCUCCACUGUCAGCCUGCUGGCCGACGGCGAGGUGAGCGGUGGCGGCCAUCAGCACGCCGCCCACACCGCCACCAUCCGCCGCAAGCCGUCCUCCAAGCCGGCGUACCGCCGCGGCACCAUCAGUGGCGGCGUGCCCAUCCCCAUCAGCACGCCGCAGGUCCCGCUCAGGGCCGGGGACGACGACGCCUUCUUCAGGGCGCCCCCCGCUGGCGGCUUGGGGCACAGCAAGCUGUGCACCUCCACCCAGAGCCUCGUCUCCCUGCCUUCUUCUUCCUCGCCGUACUACCAGCUCGUCCCGGGUCACAUGCCCGUCCCCGCCGUGCCGCCACUGCCACCAGGAGGUGGCAGCAUCAGGCAGCAGCAGCAGAGGCUGCAGCUGCAGCAGCAACAGAACCAGCAACAACAGUUUGAGCAACAUGCACAACAGCAGCUGCAACAAAAUCAGCUGCAGCAACCGCAGGAACAUCUGCAGCAACAUCAGCUGCAGCAACAGAGCCAACAGCUGCAGCAACAUCAGCUGCAGCAACACAACCAGCAACAUGCACAGCUGCAGCAACAGAGCCAACAGCUGCAGUUGCAGCUUCAAAACCUGCAUCUCCACAAUCAGCAGCUGCAGCACUGCAGCCCAGCUGCAGCAGCCCCGCCGCCCAUCUCCAACCAGCAGGACACUGCAGGUGCCGACAUGUUGACGCUCAUCAGGAAGGUGAAGCUGAAAAGAACCCUGACCAACGACCGCUCCGCCCCCAUGCUGCCGCCGCCGGGCCACUGAGGCUGCAGCAGCAUCGUGCAGCGGCGGCUCCCCUUCCUCUGAUGGAGGUCCAUGUUCACAUCCUCCUGCUGCUCCGCCGUCAGACGAGUUCUGACCUGCAGUUCAGAUUCCCGUUUCCAUAGUUACUGCAAAACAAACGGUUCCGGUCGCGAUUUCCUUGUUGGGCUGGGUGCGUUUGAUUCGUUGCCUGCAGACUUCCAGGUGGGCGGGGCUUAACAAGCUCCUCUGUUUCAUGGUUGGUCUUGCUGUGAUGUUUAGUUGGUACCGGACCGGUACCCAGGCUAAAACCAGGCUGUUUCCAUGGAAACAACCAAAUAUGGUAAUGAAGAUGAAUGUUGGCUUCAAUGUAAACAAACAGGAUGAAAGUUCUGCUGUUAGCCAGUUAGCAUAGCGGUUAGCGUAGCUGGUUAUGAUGAGCAGCUCUGACAUCGUUUCCUGAAAAAUAGUUUUUUAAAAUCCAAAACAGAAUUCUUGUAGAUAAUUUAGAGAAAUAUUUUACUCUGUAAAGAU